AUGGUACAUGGAAAUGACCCACCACAAACUCCGGAGAUUCAUUCCAAACAUGAAGUAAAGAAAUAUCUUGUGCCGCUUUCGCUAAAUCAUGAAAUCUGUUUAAAGGAUGAUUGCCUCUUCUUUUGUCGUGACUCUCCUGCUGAAUGUGCCAGUUUAAAGAAUGUUCUCAGGGUGUAUGAAUUGGCUUCCGGUCAGGCGAUUAACAAUCAGAAAUCUGGCAUAUUUUAUAGUUCCAAUGUUCAUCAAGGUGACCGUGAGCUGCUGUCCAACAUCUUAGGUGUGUCGGUGCCGUUGAAUACGGGCAGAUAUCUUGGGCUCCCAUCUCUUCUUGGCAGAAAGAAGCGUGAGAUCAGUUUUCUUCGGGAGCGGGUGUGGUCGUGUAUUCAAUGUUGGAAUGGGAAUAAACUCUCUAAAGCCGGAAAAGAGAUUUUGAUUAAAGGGGUGGCGCAAACUAUUCCCUCUUAUACUAUGGCUAUCUAUGCUCUCCCCAUUAGUUUAACAGAUGAGCUCGAGAGACUUAUGAAUUCCUUUUGGUGGGGGCAUAAGGCCGGUACGGGGAAGGGCAUAAAGUGGAUGAAAUGGGAAAGGUUAUGUGUGGAUAAGGCUCUUGGUGGCAUGGGUCCAAGCUUUUCCUGGAGAAGUAUCAUGUCUGCUCAAGACUUGGUCAAGAGAGGGGUGAGAUGGCACAUUGGUGAUGGCUCUAGGUGGGAUUCUACUUACGUGAAACAUAUUGUUGGCGAGGAGGAGGCUACGCAUAUUUUGGGAGUUCCUAUUUUUUCGAACUCGGGGGAUGACAAACUGAUAUGGCAUUAUACGGAUAAUGGUAAAUACUCUGUGAAAUCUGCUUACAAGUUAGCAAGUUCUCUUAUCCUUGAUGAGUUGCAUGGCGUGGAUCGGGAUCGGCCCAAGAUCUAG